UCGGUGGUGGUCGAGAGCUGCGAGCUUCCUGGACGACCCCUGCGAGCGAGGAGGUGGACGCACGAGCACGAGGAAAUCGCCGACACGUUUGUGCUGCUGGCCACCACCACCGCAGAGAGUAGUCUCCCCGAAAACGCAGGAGACGUUGGCCGGGUCGCUUGAACAUCGUGCCAGUUUGAUCGCCGGCUCGACCAUCAUCCGAUCGUUCGUUCGUUCGUCACGUAUCGCAUGUGUUGAAAGAGUGCUCGCUGAGAGAGAGAGAGAGAGAGAGAGAGAGAAAGAGAGAGAGAGAGGGAGCUAGGGAGAGAGAGAGAAAAGAGAAAGAGAGAAUUGGCGCUCUCGCCAACCCCGAUUCGAGUUCGUCGCUCGCCGCUCGUCGUUCCAAGCGAUCGCGGAUCAUCGUGCAAAGUCCCAGCUACGGUGGAGCGCAACGUGGUGGAAGAAUGUCUAACAGAUUCGCGAUAACGCGGACGAGUUCCGCGAUCGUCGGGCUCCUUGUGCUGCUGGCAACGGCCUGCUGCGACGGACUGCAGUAUCAGCCUCUUGACGCUUAUGUAAACGGCGAGGAUUGCGCCUUGAUCCUGGACUCUCGUGGAAGAACCAGCGUUUACGACUAUACCUAUAAUUUGCUGCGCGGCUCGUUCCCGACCGCUGCGGGAGGGACGCAGACCUGCAUCACGUACGACGCCGUAAAUCAUGCCUACAUCGAGGCGAGAAAGCGCAUCAACGUCGCGAGACCGAAGUCGGAGAUAUGGCGACCGGAGGACCUGGCGACGGUCGGCGAGCUGCUCCUCGACAUCAGCACGAACCUCGCGCAAACGUACGGACUGACCUACGAGGAGAUCGAGAAGAGCUUGCCGCUGAUCGAUACCUCGAAAACGCUCAUUCGCGAGGUCUGCCCCGCUUUCCUCAGCAACGUGGAGUGCCGACCGGGCAAGUACCGGCGUUACGACGGCCUCUGCACGAAUUUGCAGAAUCCAACCUGGGGAGCCACUCUGUCGCCUUUUGCGAGGUUGAUGAGCCCUCGAUUCGCGGACGGCCUGUCGGCGCCGAGGGUAUCCGUGAUGGGCCAUGACCUACCGCUUUCACGGGUCGUGUCACGCACCAUGCACCCCGACGAGGGCUACCAUGAUCACGCUGGCACAGUGAUGGUGAUCGCAUGGGGACAGUUCAUGGAUCACGACUACACUCUGACCGGCACACCCUUAGAUCCCCUGAACCGAAACGACCCGGAGGAAUGCUGCAGCCGGCCGCCGCACCUGAAGAAUCCAUAUUGCAACGAGAUCCUCAUACCGGAGGACGAUUACUUCUACCGGCUGUUCAACGUUCGCUGCAUGGACUUCGUUCGCGCUUUUCCCGCCGUCCGACCUGGCUGUCGUCUCGGCUCUCGCGUGCCUUUCAAUCUUCUCACGGGUGUGUUGGACGGUAACACGGUUUACGGAAUUACGGAAGUUUUCGCUAGGAAACUCCGCACGGGCUACGGCGGACUGCUGCGGAUGAACCCGGUAUUCGCGGAAUACGGCUUGAAGGACCUGCUGCCGCUGAAGCUGGACAUCCCGGACGAAGGGUGCACGCGGCCGAACCGAUCGAUGUAUUGCUUCGAAGCCGGUGAGAUUCGGGUGAACGAACAGCUGGUACUGACCUGCAUGCACACGCUGAUGGCGCGAGAGCAUAACCGGCUGGCCAAAGCGCUGGCUCUCGUCAAUCCGCACUGGGACGACGAGAUUCUCUUCCAGGAAGUUAGGCGCAUCGUCAUCGCGGAAAUUCAGCACAUUACCUAUAACGAGUUCCUGCCGAUAUUACUCGGCAAAGACGUCAUGGAGAAAUUCGGAGUUCUCCUCGAGAAGGAGAAAUACUGGGACGGAUACGACGAGAGCAUCAAUCCCGGCGUGAUAGACGCUUUUGCAGCCGCCGCUUUUCGAUUCGGCCACUCGCUAUUGCCCACAGCUGUGGAACGAUGGAGCAAGGCGCACAAAUUCAUCGCUUCGAAGAGACUGUCGGACCUGAUAAGACGUCCUUACGAUCUGUAUCGCGCCGGUGUAUUCGACGAGUAUUUUAUGGGCCUGAUGAAUCAAGUCGCUCAAGCGAUGGACGAUUCGAUAACGCAAGAAGUGACGAAUCAUCUGUUCAAGAAAGUUGGGGCGAAAUUCGGAAUGGACUUGGUGUCUUUUAACAUGCAGCGUGGUCGCGAAUUCGGUAUUCCAAGUUAUAUGGAGUUCAGGAAGUACUGCGGCCUGCCCGGAGCGGAUAGCUUCGAAGAGCUGUUCGGCUCCAUGCCGAACGAGACGAUCAGGCGAUACAGCACUAUUUUCGGACAUCCCGCAGACGUCGAUUUAUGGUCGGGCGGCGUAUCCGAGAGACCGCUUCCGGGUAGCAUGCUCGGGCCAACCUUCGCCUGCUUGAUCGCCACGCAGUUCAGUCAUUCGCGUCGUGGCGACAGAUUCUGGUACGAGCUGCCGAACCAGCCAUCGUCCUUCACUCUCGAACAACUCAACGAGAUCCGAAAGACAAAGCUCGCUCGAGUGAUCUGCGAUAAUACCGAUCUCAUCGACACGAUACAGAUCUAUCCCAUGGUACUUCCCGAUCACGACAUAAACCCCCGGGUCCCGUGUCGAACCCAGAUUCUACCUAGCAUCGACUUGUCGAAGUGGGCCGAAUAUCCGACGAGUCACGCCGCACAAUACGAUAUCGUGACAAAGAAAUCCGCAGAGGCUGCGUCGGAGAUGAAGCCGGUGAUGCAGCCGGCGUACCUUAGUAAGUUCAUGGGUAAGUCGAAACUAUCGUCCGCGGGAACUCGGAACUCGGUGAACGACGUAGAAAAGAAACCGAGCGAACCCUGGCGGGCGCAUCAUGCGCAGGAAUUCGCAGGACGCGAGGCACCGCGGCCGUCGCAAGGAUCUCCGGGCCGAGGAGUCACGUUGCCAAGGUUGUCCCUCGGACCCAGUCGAGAGCAAGGUGAAAAGCCAGCUGUCGAAGUGACUGCGAUGAAGAUCACAACGAUCAUCGAGACCAUGCGACGGAGAUUGCGCAGGAGCGUUCCCAGGACAGAGGGAAUUGGUACAGCGAAGAAACGCUCGAGACGCUCGCUCGUUAAAAAGUCGAGAGAAGCGACGAAAGCUCCAGGGCGCCCUCGAAGUGGCCAGGCAGGACCUUCGCCAACGGCGGCACGCGAUGCUGUAGCGGCGAGCAACGGCGCCAUACCGAGCACCGUGUUCUACAAACGCAUUUGGGAGUACAUCAACGGCACGCGUCCGCACUCCGACAUUAUCAAGUACAGCUCGGAAGAGAACAGCAAGGCGGAUCGCUCCAUAUGCGUGGACAAAGACCCGAGCACCUCGCGAAGCGGCGAGGGCCCCCAGGUGGAGGCCACGGUGAAGCCGGAACGGGAGCUGUACAAACGCAUCUGGGACAUCAUCAACGCGACGUCGACACGCGGUAUCAACAUGACCGAUCGUUCCAAGCGAGACGCAGGAAGCAGCCCCGCGGCGGCUCCGGACCGCUUGUGUCUUGGGCGAGAAAAGGGAGACAAGCGGGCGCGAAGGACGAACGGAGAAGCGCGGCUCGGUCGAGCGGACGCGACGCAGGACACGCGAGAGACGUCCCUUCCUGACCCGCACAUCUCAGGAUCGUGGGCGGUCGCGAGUAAGGAAGUCCCGGUCGAGGCGAUCGAGGCUGCCGAUCUGAACCGGUCGCUGAACGAGCCGGCUCAGGACGACGACCCGCCGGCGGAGGAUAAUUCGCCGGCGAAAUCCCUCGCGGGCGAAGAGGCGCAGGAUCUCCGCAAGCCCGGGCCGCCGUAUUCUCGCGAGAAUCCCGGCGGUUCGUCACUCUCGCCGAGCGCGCACGCGAUCGAUAAGGCUUCGCGAAAUGAUGACCGAGCGGAGUACGCGGAACGCGAUGAGCCGCUGUAUGAUCCUGCGAAGAUACCAUACGUCGAGGUGCCGGAUUACUCGGACCAGCGGCAGGACACUCUGGACAAGAGUAACCGGAGCGCAGUCGAAUAUAAAGACUACGAUGACGGCGGCGAUUACGUCGAGCCCGAGAGCUCUUAUCGCGUCGGUGAUUCUUCCUCGAGGUCCCCCCCGAGCACCGAGGUUCCGCCGCUUCCGGGUAGCCAGGCCGGAAAUGACGGAGGCUCGUCGCACGUGAACGCAGCCUCGCGCUGCACUGCAGAGAAUCAGGAUUCCGCGGAAUGCGCUGCCGAUAAGAGCGAUGCCGCCGCUCGUAAUCGUUCGCAGGAUGACGCGAAUGAUGACGCGAAUGAUGACGCGAAUGAUGACGCUCGUGGUCCCCCGGAGGACUCCUCCGACGACUUCGCGCCGAUUCACUUUGACAUAGAAGAGUACAGAAAGCCAUUCGACCUGGAUCAAUUCCUCAAGAGCGAUUUUGUCUCUGAGCCUGGGCGUGGUGCCGCCAAUGAGGCAGAGACGAAACAGCAGGACACGAAGAAGAAGAAGGCCGAGGAUUCCACGAAGGAACCCGAAGAGAAAUAUCGCGAUGACGAAUAUCGCGGGGAACACGUCACGUACCCGGAGGAGAAAUGGUACGACUAUUUCACGAAAAACACGGACUUCGACGACGGCGACUUCGGCGAAGCAGCUUACCACGAGGACGAGGGCGAGCGCGGUAAUCCUGACGCGGAGAGAAAAGCGAAGGGCAGCGAGACGGUCCUCACGGAUUACGAUCCUUACGAUGACCGGGAUUUUCUAAAGCGCAUUUUCGAGAAGGACGACAAGCGAAAGGCGCAGUCCGAGGUGGACAAGACGGAGGACGAGUUCUUGUCCCGCUACUUCACGCAGGAUGUGCUGCGCCAGCUGCGCGAGAACUCGAUGGAAGCGGAAGACAGGAAGCGGGAGGAAUCGAGGAGCAGGGAGAACGUUCAUAGAACGUUGUCGGAGAUCUUGAACAAUAAGAAUCGUUUCUCCAGAUUAGACGAGAACCUGGACAAAAUGAUCGAGAAGGGCGAGGCGGUGCCAAUCAGAUAUAACAACUUCUGGAGCCUAGAAUACGAAUCGCCUCGUAGGAAAGAUAAAUCCGGAGAAGAGGAGAGAGAAGAGGUGGAGGACGGGCAGGGACAGAGGGAGGUGGAGGGGGAGAUAAAGGAGAAGAAGGAGGAAGUUUAGGGUCAAAUUGAUUGGUGAAUUUGCGUAUCCGUUGUCGCACGUGAUUUCGUUUCGAAGCAAAAUGUAACGCGCAAUUAAUCGUAAUCGUAUCAUGCUGUUAUGAUGUCGUUAUGUAGCGUAAUUAGGGAUCAAUUGUUGUGUAAUAAUAAUAUUUUGUUUAUCGAACCGUUACGAUGUUGGGUGGCGUUGCGAUGUAAUUGAAAGCAAGAUUGCCGAAGAUUAAAUAUUAACAAUACACUCUUCUCGAUUUUGCACUUGAAUAUUGCAUUAUGGUUGCUUUACGGCGAUCACACAAUGUUGCGAAUGAAAUAUACGAAAAUAAUCACACUGCGGGCCAAGUAACGGGAAUAUCGAAAGCGAGUUGAGACGAGAUGCUGGUUCUUUCCGAGAAGCUGAUACGUAUGUGCAUGUUUAGACAUGUGUUCAAUGUUUCUCAUCUAGUUCAAACACUGUCAAUGAAGAAGUGGACAUGCAUCAUGCCGAAAAAAAAAAAAAUAUACUGAAAUUUAAAGAGUGAGACAAUUUCCCGAGAAAUCUUGGUACCACAAUUCGAAUACCGAGAAAAUUUGCUGAAAUACAAUUUUACUCGAAUAUCAUUUAAGUUACAAUUCGGAUACCGAGAAAAUUUGCUGAAAUACAAUUUUACUUCCUUGUUACUUGAAUAUCAUUUAAGUUACAAUUAAAAGCAAAACAGAAUAUAAAUUUAUUUUUAAAUAUUGAAAUUGUCUCGUUGCACAACCAGAUGCAAGUCAGUACUUGCUCAUUUGUGCGCAGCAAGAAUCUAGCCAAGCAAUUCAGGCAGAACAGAAAAUCACCAUGACGUCAAAAUGAUGAGGAAGACUCAUUUUUUGCAUGAAUUUUUGUUUUGCCUGGAAAAGAGAUGACGCUCCUGGAUAUUCUCGUCACGGUUAUCUUGACUUAUAAUCUAUUUAUUAUAAUUUAUCAUCUUAAUUAUUAAAAGCGAAAAAAUGCUAUAAACUCUUACAAAAUACGUUAAAACAAGGGAAUAUAUCCAAAAACUGACGCAAUCAAUCAAGCGCGCGUGUUAAAUAUUUUCCUUUCGCUCUAAAGACCAAUAAAUUACCGUAAAAUUCACAUGACAUGCAACUCAUCUUUUGAAUCUAUCCUUUCUCAUCAUUUUGUCAUGUUAAUUUUACGGUCAUUUAUUGAUUGUCUGUGUAUAGAGUAAAAGGAAAUUGUGCGAAGCAUUUUAUAAACGCGCUUAGUCAAUUGCAACUGUCAUGUUUUGGAUAUAUUUUUUAUUUCGUAUUUUGCAGGAAUUUUAGACAUAAAUUUUUUCGCUUUUUCUGGCAUCAUAAAUCAAGAUAGCCGCGGUAAGAGACUUAAUAUUUUUUUAAUUAUUUUUGGGAUAACUUCUCAUUGAAGUAAUUGUGUAUUUUGGAAAAAUUAUAUUUCGGAAUAUUGUCUUGAUACAUGAAUUUCG